CAACCUGACGGCUGUAAACAGAAGUCGCUUAGGGCUGGAUCUUUUCCAGUUUGUGGUUUUUUUUUUUAAAAAGAUAUAUAUUAAUUUGAUCUAACUUGGUACACCGAGUUUUACCAAAAGCAUUUUGUAAAUCUCGUGUAUAUAAAACAUUAAUUAAAUUAGGGAAACGGCCGGUUUAAGACCAACUGCCAUAUUAGAUCACUGGUUUAAAAGCUCUAAAUGUAUUAAUGCUUUUAGUCGUCAUCAUGGACUUCAUGUCAAGAAAAAACGAAGCUGAACAGUGGCUGUGCGAAACUAGAAGCAAAUUUUUGCUUACAAGUGUGGAUGAAAAAGAAAAUAUGAUGCACUUCAGUGAUCCUAACACAGCUGUCACCUUUAAUGUUAUCUGCCCGUCAGUCGGAGUUUCAUGGAGUGUAUGUAGUGAAAAUGAAAAAGUUCUUCAUCAACUGCAAGAUGUUAUGGAAUAUCUGGAGGCAAGAAAGGAUUUGACUAUGAGGAAUGUUCUCCAGCUGAUCAAUGACUGCUUGGAAAAAGCCACUUCCAAAAAGAUCUUCAACAAAGUUUCUGCAGAGGUCAAAACUGAAUCAGGAGAAGGUGAAAGUGCAGGAGCAGGGAAAAACUGGUCAGAGGAUGAUGAAGAUGAUGAGAACAUCGACAUGGACUAUUAUGGUGAUGAUCCUGAUGCUGCUGCAGAAUCAGAUUCCAGUACCAAGGAGCAAGAAGAAGAAGAUGAUACCACCACACUCUUCAGCUGCUCAAAGGCUAGUCAAAUGGCUGUGCAGCGCUUGACAAGAGACCUUCGAAAUAUUCUUCAGCAAGGUGACAGGUAUGGUUUUACAGCUGGACCAAAGGGAAACAAUCUAUUUAAAUGGCAUGUUGAACUGCAUGGCAUCCCAGAAGACACUAAGCUUGGGAGAGAUCUCACAGUCUAUGCUGCAAGAUAUAAGACUAAUCCUGCAAUUGUUCUGGAAAUGCAGUUUCCUGAGGACUAUCCAUACAGCCCGCCAUUCCUAAGAGUGAUUACUCCUCGCUUUAGGUUUCUGACAGGUGGAAGCAUCUGCAUGGAAAUGCUAACCAAGUCAGGAUGGAGGCCUACUAAUGAUAUUGAGAGCAUCUUGGUCCAGGUGCGAUGUGAAAUACUUAGUGAUCCAAAUGCAAGCCUGGAUAUGACCCAAGCAAACAGACCAUACACAGAGAGGGAUGCGCGAGAAGCUUUUGAUCGUAUGGUGGUGCGGUAUGGAUGGAACAAAUAGAUCGUAUGGUGGUACGGUAUGGAUGGAACAAAUGAAUCAUAUGGUGAUGCAGUAUGAAUGGAAUAAAUUGAUCGUAUGAUGGUGCAGUAUGGAUGGAAUAAAUUAAUCAAAGACAAUUAAGUGAUUUGCUGUACUGUAAAGAGGAGAUAAGUACUGCAGAAGAAAACACCUUAUUCAUCCACACAUAGUUCUGGAUUCCAGAUCAUCCUGUGACUGUUCGCUUGAGAAGAGAAACACAUUUUUUUUUGUUUGGUAGGUAGGAGGUAAUAUGCUGUGUAAAUAAACUAAAACUGUAAUGCUGCUUUUGGAAAUAGCUGCUUUGGAAUAAACAUUUGAAAAAUA